CGUCCUUCAUCAUGAGGACCAUCCUGCGGGCCGGGCAUUGGGGCGCCACUCCAUUGGUUCGAGUGAACCGGUAUGCAGGACACACCACACACCACACUCAUCAGACACACAUCCAUCCAUCCAUGACGGCCUCUUCCCUCUGUUCUCUUCAGGCAUGCCCACGGCGGUGUGCUGGACGGCCUCCUCAACCAGUCGCCCCACCAGCCGCCCCACCGAUGCACCGCCGUCAUGGCGGGCAGGUUGGACGAUAAGGUUCCCCCUGUAGAGACUCGGAUUCUGCUGCUGACGCCGUUCGACAGCCCAUUCGUCGCAUCGAUCGUUCUCCUCACACGUGCCAACAUUAACACAGGUGAGGCGUCACAGAUACUCUGGUGAUGGAGCCGUCCUUUGACGUGUGCUGAUUCGGUGGCUGCAGUGGGUGUGUAUGCCCUCACCAACGAGCCACCAGUAGGUGGUGCAUCGGCUGCCUUCAAGGACCGCCGGCCCGCCACCGCCCCGCUGGUGGGCCGCCCGCUGGGCAGCACCAUCGCAGACAUGGUGGUCAACCAGAAAGAGGCAACUAGGCAAUAAAGGUAGGUGAGUGUCGAAGUGAAAUGGGUGCUCCAUCUAUCUCUCUGUGUUGGAUGUGUAUGUGUGUUGUGGUGUGUGCAGGUGGGCGAGGCGAGGUGACGCGACGCGACGCCUGGUGGGAAGGGACUGGUGAAUGGGGGAGGAUAUGAACGACGCGGGCGUGAGGGCAGUCUGGGCAUGCCCAUGUGUGUGCCUCAGUUGAUUGGCCUGUGAGCCCAUGGUGGCUGGCAUGGCGUGUGGUGUGAAGGCGAGAGGGGGACUGUAGCUGGUGCAUGAUGCAUGGAUGGAUUGACACACGUCGGUCGAUGGACACUUCAUGUUUGACACUCAGCAAGUCUCACGGAAAACCCAUGUUCUUCCCUUUCUCUCCCCAGUCAGUAUUUUAAUCG